UAUCCGGGAAACGUCAUCAGCCCUCACCCGGCACCCUGACUGCUUACAGUAGAUAUUACCCACACUUGCAAAAGUUAUCUCUGAAAGUGAGGUAGCUUUUCACUUGUUAUGGCUGACCAGACUGUCGUGGAGAAAAUGAGCGAAUUGCAAGUGGACAUGGGAAAAAAGGGAGGAACUGAAAGCAGUAAAGAAGGAGGAAAGAAAAAAGCUAAAAGUGCUCCUGGGGACACUGGAGGCAGGGCAGAGCUAUCGCCACCACCUCAGUAUAUUGAGGAGCGUCUUACUUUGUACGCAAAGCUGAAAGCUGAGCAUGAAGCCCUGAUGGCUGAGAGGGCUGCGAAGAAUAGCCGAGCCAUCAAGGUGACCCUGCCUGAUGGAAAGGUUGUGGAGGCUGAGUCCUGGAAGACCACACCAUAUCAGGUGGCCUGUGGAAUCAGUCAAGGCCUCGCCGACAACACAGUGAUUGCUAAAGUGAACAACAGUGUGUGGGACUUGGACAGACCUUUGGAGGAUGACUGCAGCCUUCAGUUGCUCAAGUUUGAUGAUGAGGAGGCUCAAGCUGUUUACUGGCACUCCAGUGCCCAUAUCUUGGGUGAAGCUAUGGAGAGGGUGUAUGGAGGCUGCCUCUGCUACGGCCCCCCCAUCGAGAGCGGCUUCUACUACGACAUGUUCCUGGAGAACAAUGAGGGCGUAUCAAGCAAUGACUUCCCGUGUCUUGAGACCUUGUGCAAGAAAAUUAUCAAGGAGAAACAGCCAUUUGAGAGGCUGGAGAUAAAGAAGGAGACUCUGUUGGAAAUGUUUAAGUACAACACCUUUAAGUGCCGCAUUCUGAAUGAGAAGGUUACCACUCCCACUACCACAGUUUAUAGGUGUGGUCCCUUAAUUGACUUGUGUCGGGGGCCCCAUGUGAGACAUACUGGGAAAAUCAAGGCACUUAAGAUCCAUAAGAAUUCAUCUACAUACUGGGAGGGAAAGGCUGACAUGGAAACCCUCCAGAGGAUCUAUGGAAUCUCCUUCCCUGACCCCAAAAUGCUCAAAGAGUGGGAGAAGUUUCAGGAGGAUGCCAAGAACAGAGAUCACCGCAAACUAGGCCGGGAACAGGACCUUUUCUUCUUCCAUGACCUGAGUCCAGGGAGCUGCUUCUUCCUGCCUAAGGGAGCCUUCAUCUACAACACUCUGAUUGAGUUCAUCAGAAGUGAGUACAGGAAGAGGGGUUUCCAGGAGGUGGUGACGCCCAACAUCUACAACAGUAAGCUGUGGCAGACCUCCGGCCAUUGGCAGCACUACAGCGAGAACAUGUUCUCCUUUGAGGUAGAGAAGGAGACCUUCGCCCUCAAACCCAUGAACUGCCCGGGACACUGUCUGAUGUUUGAUCACCGGCCACGCUCCUGGAGAGAGUUGCCCCUUCGCAUGGCUGACUUUGGCGUCCUGCACAGGAACGAGCUGUCAGGAGCCCUGACGGGCCUCACCCGUGUCCGCCGCUUUCAGCAGGAUGAUGCUCAUAUCUUCUGCUCCAUGGACCAGAUUGAGGAGGAGAUCAAAGGCUGCCUGGACUUCCUGCGGACUGUGUAUGAAGUGUUUGGCUUCACUUUCAAACUCAAUCUGUCCACAAGACCAGAGAAGUUCCUGGGGGACCCGCAGAUCUGGGACCAAGCAGAAAAGCAACUGGAGAACAGUUUGAAUGACUUUGGGGAGAAAUGGGUUCUCAACCCCGGUGAUGGAGCUUUUUAUGGACCAAAGAUCGACAUUCAGAUCAAGGAUGCCAUCGGUCGGUACCAUCAGUGUGCCACAAUUCAGCUUGAUUUCCAGCUCCCGAUCCGCUUUAAUCUCACCUUUGUCAGCCAUGAUGGUGAUGACAAGAAGAGACCAGUGAUCAUCCACAGAGCUAUCCUGGGAUCAGUAGAGAGGAUGAUCGCUAUUCUAACUGAAAACUACGGAGGCAAAUGGCCACUGUGGCUCUCUCCUCAUCAAGUGAUGGUUGUACCUGUGGGACCGACCUGCGAGGAGUAUGCUCAGAAGGUCAAGCAGGAAUUCCACAACAGCGGCUUCAUGGCUGACGUGGAUCUCGACCCCGGCUGCACUCUGAACAAAAAGAUCAGAAAUGCACAGUUGGCUCAGUACAACUUCAUCCUGGUGGUGGGAGAGAAGGAGAAGACCAGUAACACUGUGAAUGUACGCACCCGGGAUAACAAAGUCCAUGGCGAGCGCACUGUGGCGGAGUGCAUUGAGCGUCUGAAACAGCUCAAGACUACCAGGAGUCGAAACGCUGAAGAGGACUUCUGAGCUUUCUCAAACUUGCUGCUAUCAGCUCGUCCUUCUCUCAACAGUACCUCAAGUCUGGUAACUUUAAAAGGGCCAUGUGGUUGAAAACUGCUUUCACAUUGUUACAGUCUCUGCUUUUUGUCCCCUUGAAAUGAAAUUUUUCAUAAAUAACAAUUGUGUCUCUUUAUUCUGCUGUCCUCUAUUGGCUCUUUACUGUAUCACUAUGUUUUCGGUUAUCAAGUACGUGGCUGCUGUACUUGUGCUGAAAUUAAGUAUAAUUGUCCUUGUCCCUUCUGCUUAAAUGGAAAUACAGCUAGUGAAACGCAGAUUAGGUCUUUCACCAGCUUUACAGAACACCUGCACAAAUGAAUGAAUUGUACCAUAAAACUGAUUAAAACAGGGGAAAUGGUUUGUAUAACUGUCUUAACAGUUUAUCAGUCAUUCUUUCUUCAGAGAAUUGUGCAUGGGUUACACUUUUGAUAAUUAAACAAUAUUCUUGAUCUGUAUGUUUUUAUAAGAUUUACCUUUUUCUUUCUUAUGCUGCUGCAAACAAGUCUGUCCAUCUGUCAACUCUGUCAGAAUGUGGAGAAAAAGACAGUUAAUGAGCAUUAAAAGCAUAAACUAAUUAAUCAUACAGCUGACAGUCCAUAGGUUCUACGCAGUCUAAAUUACUUAUCAAAUGUAGUGUUUUCAAGUUCAAGAUCCUGCAUAUUUAGGCCAAAGUUGAAAUGAUUAUGCAGUUUGAGACUGGAAACAUUUCAUUUUCCACAAGAAAGUGGCGGACAUUUGGAUGGGAGUUGUAGAGAAUUGUCAGAAAGGUGUUCCGCUUCUGUAAAAGUGGAUCCUUAUCACCUUCCUCCACUAGUGCAUCAUCACUUAGGAUGGAAAUCAGUGAUGUGCUGGACUGUAAACACCGGAUGCUUCUCCUUAUUACAUGCUUACUGAACUCUGAGACCAUUUACUUCUGCUAUCUGCACCGUUACACUAAAGCAUGAGUGAAAAUUUUCAUUCUAAUACUCUGUCUAAUCUGCCUUAUAUAUUAAACAGUGGUAGGAGCCUGUCUGUAUUCCUUUUUUCAUAAGAGGAAAAUGUAUACAAUUACACGUACUGUAACUACCUGGAUGAAACAUGCAGAAGAGAUAACACAAAUAAGUGCGUAUUAGUGCUCCAGUUAUACACUUACACUGCAUUUCUUGAUUUUUUUUUUUCUACAUCUGCUCAUUAUUUUUGCUCCGAAUGUGGAAAUAUACUUGGCCUACUUCAAUUUGUUAUACACUUAAUAGUUUUUGAUGAUACUUGCACCCAAUUCCCACUUGCAGUCUCAGAUUAUUAUUUAAACCACUAGUGGGUGCUACAUCUGUGUACUCAAGCUGCACAGCAGGAAUAGACAAAUAGUGAGAGCAAUGUGUUUCAGCAGUUUUAACAGAUCAGUGCUAAGGGAUUUUAGUUUGUGGGGAAAAAACACUACACACUUGGUAAAAGAAUCUAAACUGCUUUUGUUGUGACUUUACAUGUUUUUAAUCACUCUUUGCUUACUAAGGUUGAAAAUUCAUUAAGUACUUAACAGGUGUAAGAUUUGGAAACUCCUGCCCUGAUAAUGGCUACAGGAGAUAUUACUAACUGUUCCCUGUUUUAUUUGGAAAUUACCUAUUUAAAUCAUGGAAACUUCUCCCCUUAAUUUAAGAUGGAACAUUAGCAGUAAGGUUAAAGUUAGAGUGAAAGAUGUUCUUACAGUUGCAGAAGAGGCCUCAAGCGCUCUGAACUCUGAAUGCAGCCCAGUGAAAACAUUGAUUUUGGCUGCUUGACAAGUUGCAAGUAAUUAAAAUAAGUGAGAAGCCAUCAGUUAUUUUGGCCAAUUUGCACCAAAUAAAAUAUGUUCACAGG